AUGAUAUUAAGUUCUUCGGAAGAAGCCGAACCUGAAGCCAAAGCCGUGAAGCCAACGCCAUCAACAUCAGGGACGAAGCCGUUGAGUAAGGAAUCAGCGGACGUGAGCUUUAAGCGGGCCAAGAAGGAAGAAAAAAGACAUUAUUUUUCAAGAGUGUGGUCUGAGGAAGACGAGCUCGCUUUGCUACGUGGAAUCAUUGAUUUCAAAACCAAAACAGGGAAGAGUCCGUUUGAAGACAGGCAAGGAUUUUACAAAUCAUCCAAGAAUCUUGUUAGCUUCGAGGCUAACUUGAAUCAGUUCAUGGACAAGAUUAGGCACUUACGGAAGAAAUAUUUGAAGAAAGUGGCGAAGGGUCUAGUACCACCAUUUUCGAAGGAUAAUAAUGAGGAGGAGCAUUUCAAAUUGUCCAAGGCUAUUUGGGGAGGUGAAGAGAUGGCUCUUAAAUCUCCUGAUGAUGUUAAGGCAAUGAAGAGUGAGAGAAUAUUGGGAGAUCGAUAA